CUUGUAUCCCCGGGGCCUGGGCAAGAUGUCUCUACCAGGUGCUUAUUCAUUUAAGGGGUGGGGACCUAGUUGAAGGGUGGAGGAUUGGUUAGACGGGACAAGGGGGCAGGACACCGAGGAGGAAAGGGUUGAAAGUUCUUUGGAGAAGUCUGGAAAGAGGAUGUGAAGGUGGGAAGAGGAUGGGAAGGACAGGGGAAGGGAGGCUUUUUAGGGUCUGGCCUGGCGGAGGGUCGGCCUGCCAGGCGCUCUCACCUUGUCCACCAGGGGACCCGGGCCAAGCCUCCAGGUCCCGCCCUCCGCGGCCUCGGUCCCGCCCUUACCGGGAUUUAGUCCCGGCAGCCUGGGCGGUUCCCCAGCCACCGCUUCCGCCUUCGCCAGACAUGCUCCCUGAGGCAGGCUCCCUAUGGCUGCUGCGGCUGCUCCGGGACAUCCAGCUGGCCCAGUUUUACCGACCCAUCCUUGAAGAGCUUAAUGUUACUCGGCCAGAGCACUUCGAUUUUGUAAGACCCGAGGAUCUGGACGGCAUUGGCAUGGGCCGGCCUGCCCAACGCAGACUGGCUGAAGCUCUGAAGAGGCACCGUUCAGGGCUCAAGUCUAAGAACUGGGUCUACAAGAUCCUUGGGGGUUUUGCCUCUGGGCAGAAGGAGACCACCUCACCCUCAGGCAGCCUUCUAUCCCUCCCUGAGCCAGAUGGGGGACUCAAGUGUCUGAUCCCAGACAGUGCUGUGUGCAGAGGGGAGCUUCUGGGCUCCGGCUGCUUUGGUGUGGUGCACCGAGGGCUGUGGACACUGCCCAGCGGCCAGACUGUCCCAGUGGCUGUCAAGUCUCUCCGGGUGGGUCCUGAAGGCCCAGAGGGCAGCGAGCUAGGGGACUUCUUGCGAGAGGUGUCCGUCAUGAUGAACUUGGAGCACCCACACGUGCUUCGUCUGCAUGGCCUGGUACUGGGCCAGCCGCUGCAGAUGGUGAUGGAGCUGGCGCCCUUGGGCUCCCUGCACGCGCGCCUGACCGCCCCACCCCCCACGCCCCCACUGCCCGUGGCCCUGCUCUGCCUCUUCCUGCGGCAGUUGGCAGGGGCCAUGGUGUACCUGGGGGCCCGCGGGCUGGUGCACCGAGACCUCGCUACGCGCAACCUGCUGCUGGCUUCACCGCGCACGAUCAAGGUGGCUGACUUCGGGCUGGUGCGGCCACUGAGCGGCGCCCGGGGCCGCUACGUCAUGGGAGGGCCCCGCCGCAUCCCCUUUGCCUGGUGUGCGCCCGAGAGCCUGCGCCAGGGGGCCUUCUCUUCCGCCUCGGACGUGUGGAUGUUUGGGGUGACGCUGUGGGAGAUGUUCUCUGGGGGCGAGGAGCCGUGGGCCAGGGUCCCACCGUACCUCAUCCUGCAGCGGCUGGAGAAGGACCGAGCCCGCCUGCCUAGGCCUCCCCUCUGCUCCAGGGCCCUCUACGCCCUCGCCUUGCGCUGCUGGGCCCCCCACCCUGCCGACCGGCCCACCUUUUCCGACCUAGAGGGGCUGCUCCAAGAGGCCUGGCCUCCUGAGGGACGUUGUGUGAGGGAUGUCACAGAGCCAGGUGCCCUGAGAAUGGAGCCUGGUGACCCCAUCACUGUCAUCGAGGGCAGCCCCGACUCCACAACCUGGAAGGGCCAGAAUGGCCGCACCCUCAAAGUGGGCAACUUCCCAGCCUCGGCAGUGACGCUGGUAGACUUGGGGGGCUCGCCAGCCACCCGUCCAGUCCUCAGAGGCUCCCCUGCCCGGGGAGAGAGACAUCAGGGAAACACAGAUGGAGCGAAGGCAAAGCUUCGGGAUCCCCCUCCAGCCCGGGGUCAGAGAAGGAACGUGGCCCUGCAGAGGACGAAAGGCAUUUCCAAGAGUCUGGAGUCAGUUCUGUCCCUGGGCCCCCGCCCCACAGGAGGUGGGUCGAGCCCCCCCGAACUUCGACAUGCCAGAACUGCGCACCAGGGACCCCCGGGCCUGUCAUCCCGCCCUCCUGUUGCUGCCAGCUCUUCUCAGCCCAGCCAGCCUUCCAGGGAGCGGCCUCCCUGGUCCAGAAGAGAACCCCCCCACAGUCACGCUAUAGGAGUGCCUGGGGCCAGUAAAGCCACCAUCCCUUCUGGGGGACCCUUGCCUGACCCCGAGUUGCAGAGGAGGAUUAUGGAGGUGGAGCUGAGUGUGCAUGGAGUCACCCACCAGGAGUGCCAGCUGGCUCUAAGAGCCACUGGGGGAGACGUGGUUUCUGCCAUCCGGAAUCUGAAGGUAAAGUCAGACCCUUCUCUCGGGCUCCUGCCUCUCGCGCCCCAGCCGGCUGGCAGUCGGCUGCCCUUCCUCCCACCUCCACAGGUGGACCAGCUCUUCUACCUCAGCAGCUGGUCCAGAGCCGAGUGUCGACGCAUCCUGGAGCGUUACCAGUGGGACCUCUCAGCUGCCAGUCGCUAUGUCCUGGCCCGGCCCUGAGCUCUGCUCCCUUGGGCAUGGACACCAGAUGGACUGAGGGCCUGGCCAUGUGGGACCAAGCAGAACCGGCACAAGGCCCUGACGGUAUUUUCCUACCUGGGGAGAGCCUGCUGAUGGCAGAUGCAGGAAGCGCCCAGGAUCGGGCACUGGUGAGCGUCUCCUCACCCUGCCCCUCGGUCUCUGAGGGCACAAGCCCCCUUGGCCAGGUCAUAGAAGGAUGCGGUCCACUCUGCCCACCACAUUCCCAACCGAGAGGAGGGCUUGGAGGAACAGAGCUGCUACCCUUCAUACCCACAGGAAGCUGCUAUUGCUACAGAGAAUGAGCAAGUGGCCACAUCGGGCCAUGGGAACAGCCAUCCUGAACUGCCAUUAGCUGCCACCCUGGGCUCUGUGGGAGCAGCCAUCUUGGAUGAUGGGAACAGGAUGACUUGGGGCAUGUGGCCUCAACUACCUUAGCUUGGUUUGGGGCCAUCAUGGAUGAUGAAGGUUGCUCUCUUAGACUCAAGGACACGUGGUCCUGGUAGCUUGGACUAUGAGAUGGGCCAGCUCCCUCCCAGCCCAGCUGUCAUAUUUCCCUUUCUUUCUUCCCACACAGACUAUUUCUUCUACCCUCUCCCAUCACAUACAUCUUCCAAUGUCCAAAAAGUUACAAAGUUUAUAUGAAUAUAACAUACAAAGA